CUGCCCCACCCCUGGGAAGCCCCUCCCGUCGGGCAGCGCCGCCUUAAAAGCGGGUUCCCUUCCCGGGGGCGGCAGCGGCUGGUCGGCGGCAGCUCUGCUGGUGCGGGGGCGGCGAGCAAGACCGAGCGACCGCGACCGGAGCGCGCCGGCCACCGCCCGCAUCAUCCUCCCGCCCGCCCUCCGGACGGCCGCAGCCCUGCGGGUCUCCGCUCGGGACCCACCCCCGCCCCACCCCGCGCGCCUCUGCCGCCUCUUGCAGCGAGCCAGCUUGCCGAGCGGCCGUCGCUGCCGCUGCCGCCGCCGCCACCGCGCCAAGUUCCGGCCGCGGCUACUCUCCGCCGUCCAGGGCUCCUCCGCCUCGGCCCCGGGACCCCGGCUCCCCGCCAGCCCCGGCCCCGGCACCAUGUCGGAGAAGAGCGUGGAGGCAGCGGCCGAGCUGAGCGCCAAGGACCUGAAGGAAAAGAAGGACAAGGUGGAGGAGAAGGCCGGCCGGAAAGAACGGAAGAAAGAAGCAGUGGAGGAGGAGGAGAAUGGAGCUGAGGAGGAGGAAGAAGAAACUGCUGAGGAUGGAGAGGAUGAUGAUGAAGGGGAUGAAGAAGAUGAGGAGGAAGAGGAGGAGGAGGAUGAAGGCCCCGUGCGGAAGAGAACUGCUGAAGAGGAGGAUGAAGCGGAUCCCAAGAGGCAGAAGACAGAAAACGGGGCGUCGGCAUGAACCCCUGCCCGUGGGCUUGGGGAUGGGAGGCCCCUCAGGUCCUGGAGGUGGGGCAGGAACACACACAUCCAGCCCCGCUUCUCCUGGCUCCCUGCUCUGGUCCUGCCCCAGAGCUGUGACCCUUGUGCUUUGACCCAGCCUCUCAUUUCCAUCUCCAGACACUGCCCCUUCACCCUCACUGCCACCGGUCCAGCUCCCGACCCGCCUCGUCCGAGCUCCCCGAGCUCCCCAGCCGGCCCUCACUCGCCCUAGCAUUCCUCGUUCUUUCCUGCCUUCCCUCACCAUCCCAUCUGUUCCAGACCUUGCGAAGAUUCUCCUUCCCCUCUGCACCCCGAGCCUCUCAGCCUGCCCUUCUCUCUCCUGCCUGACCCCUGGGUCUCCCUCAGAUUCCUUCUUCUCAGACAGCGCCAGGCCGGGGUGGGGCUGGGGUUGGGGCUAAGCCCCGAAGCUGCCCCCUCCCCUUUUUGUAUAAUUUAAUAAAGAAACGGUCGCGCUUCUGUUUUUAACCGGUC